GUGCCGGCAGUUUUUCCACUCCAAUCUUAUCUCAAAUCAGUAGCCUAAAAGUAAACUGCAGGUAGUAGCUGAUUUUCCAGGAAAUUCAAGAGAAGCCCCCCAAGCAAGUGGCAACUGCUUGGAAAUUGGAACUGUCUUCGUUCAUACCUUGAAUAUCAUAUGUUGUUGUUUACUAGGAAUGCUUUUCUGUGCCCAAUAUUGACAUCAUCUCAUAGUUCCAGAUUUCCAAGUUCGCCAAUUUUCCUACUCCAAUUCCUUUCCUGAGUUCUAACUUCCAACCAUGGAUAAACUGAGAAACGUUUUGCCGUUCUAUAAGCGAAAAGAGGAGAAGGAGCACUUUCGCCACAAUGGAAGUUUACUGCUGGAGGGACUAAUUGGUUGUUUUGGUGGGCGGUACGAGCUUCCCAUUCGAAGCUUCACUGCCAGAGAACUCAUCAGGGCAACCAAUAACUUUUCAGAACAGGUCAAUCAUAUUGACCUUCAUGGUCCGAAGUGUUUCAGAGGGGAUUUGCAAGGCCGACCCAUUUCGGUUCAAUUUGAUGGGGUAGGAAGUAGGGGGUCUGCUGCUGAGUUUAUCAUUCGCGGCAUAGUUGUCAAUUCACAAAUGGGUCACCUCAAGAAUGUCUUACAUCUUAUAGGCUGCUGUUUGGAAUUCGAGCUUCCUGCUGCGGUGUAUGCUUAUGCUCCUGGGAUGGAAUCUCUUACUCAUUCCCUCAGCUAUCCCCGUAAUGGUAAACUACUUUCUUGGAAAAGUAGAAUAAAGAUUGCAAGUGACAUAGCCAACGUCUUGCUUUAUCUUCAUACAGCAUUUCCUUCACCAAUCAUUUUUCGGGAUUUGACAUUAGCCAGCGUGAUAUUGGACAAUAGCGGAGUAGCUAAAUUAUUUGACUUUGAAUUAUCGAUAUCCCUUCCCCCUGGAGAAGAGAAGGUUGAAGAUCACAUUCGUGGCACUUUAGGAUACGUCGACCCUGAAUACAUGAUGUCAGGCUUUGUGACCGAGAAGAGUGAUGUGUUCAGCUUAGGGGUACUUAUCCUUAUGCUAAUUACUGGAGAAACACGUGUGUUCAAGGACGGUGAACCAACAAUACCUUAUUUCAAACGCCGCUUAGAGAAUGAUCAACUCAAACAUAUUCUGGAUCCCAAGAGUUUUGAAGAGGAAGGCUACAACGAACACGAGAUAGAGCAGCAUUUGUUGCCUUUUACUAAUCUUGCUUUGAGAUGUACAGAAGAAAAAGGAGAAGAUAGGCCAGAUAUGAUCGAGGUUGCAAAACAGCUCCGCCAAAUCGAGAAGUCUGUGCGCAAUUAUUAGCUCUACCAUCCUCAUUUAUCUAGCCGGUGGGAUCAAUGAUUUGAUGGUCUUGCCAUCUUUUUUGAUCUCGUAAUGUCUGUGUGUAGUGUUUCCUUUAUCCAUAUUCAGACAUCUCCAGAUGUCAGGAUCUGUGCUUAUUUUGCAAAUCUCUGAAGUAUGUUCUGGAUUUUUGCACCCUUCCUUGUCUCUAGUAGCUAUUAAUGAAAUUGAAUAAGAUUUUGAACUGCAA